AUGAAUGUCACAACGCCUGUGAUAAUCUCAAUGAUUGGACUUUUACCGUCAAUUUUUACAUGCGUAUUGAAUAUUUCUUUGUUGAAGCAAAUUGAAAGGUUAUUUAAAUUUUCAGCAUUAAAACUUUUUUCUACAUUCAAAUCCAUAUUCAGAAAGAAAAAACAUUUAAUCCUUUUCAAGUUUCGCUUUUUCUUCGAUGUAAUUCUUGGUGCAUCGGUUGUCGCUCAUUUAGGAUUUUAUAUUAUUUUAACUAGUUUUCACGAUGAAUUUUUACCAUGGAGAAAUAUGAUUUUUUAUUUUUCCCUGGUAUCUUGGAAUAUCGGAGCGGCUAGGUCGUUGACCGCCUUGACAAUUUCGGUGGAACGUGUGAUGGCUGUAUAUGUACCGAUAACCUACCGCAACUACCGCCCGUAUUUCCCAACAUUUGUGAUUCCAAUUUUUGCAAUUGGCUUCGGAGCUUCUGACAUCUUCGUUCUUUUUAAUAUUUGCGACUACCAGGUCAACGUUCCAAAGGAGUGUGCUGCUUUGGGAUGUUGUAUUAAUGCUUGUUUCAAUAAAUAUUACAGCAUCAAUAAAGGGACAGCUUAUAUUUUGACUGUAAUGUUUGCAAUACUACUAUCCACGAAAUUAUUUUUUCUUAACAAAGACUCAACUGAGCAGAAAACCCUGUCCAAAGCUAACCUUCUAGCUCUUAUCGAUGCGGCUAACGUGAUUAUUUUUCACUUUUCACCAAUUCUGUUUGCGUUUUUGUUCAAGCACUGGUUUACAGCACAGAAUAUUGGGCCAAUUGGAGUGGUAUCAAAAAUGUGGGGUUGUGCCUUGGAAGCUCUGCUGGUUUUUGGGACAUUAAGAAAGAAGAGCGGAACAAAAACGAGCACUGUUAAUGUUAUCUAA